AUGUGUGCCAAGUUGAGUAAAAAAUCCGAUGCAAUACUUCGGCGGAAAGCAUCGACCGCCGUCCAGAAGCCGAAUCCGUUUGAAACGAUGGUGAUGAAAACGAAACAUGCUGUCCUCAAUCGUGGCACACAAUCAAAGCGUCCCGGUAAACUGCAACGUAUGUCGUACGAGAAGCGCGAUCAAACGCUGGGCAAAGAAUUUGCUCUAAUGCACAAAACUAACCGUUUUUUGGACGCACGGACAAACAGUAAAUAUGCGCGUGGGCCAUCAAAGAAAGCGCAAGCGAAAGAAAUGUUCAACCUCAACCUAACGCAUGGUGGCCGUACGAUGCACGAAAUAGAAAGAUUCGACGAUGUGCCUGAUGGAGCGGAUGAUGAUGAGGAUGAAGAUGGAAUGCUUCAAGAAUCCUUCACCAAUGCAACGCAUUUUGGCGGUGGUUCAGAUGACGAGGACCCUAGAAGAGAUCGAAAAACUGUCAUUGAGGAGAUGAUUGCGGAAAGCAAGCGACAGAAAGCCGAACGGCAGCGGGAAAACGAUGAGUUGUACGAUAUGCGACAGAAGCUGGAUGACGAUCUGAAAAGUCUGAUGCCACAGUUUAACGAACAUAUCCGGAGGGAUGAUGAAAGGCCUCAAGUAGAUGAUUACGAUCGAGCUUUGCGUGAGAUGGUUUUUGAGCCACGUGGCGUACCAACAGAGAAACUAAAGUCGAUUGAUCUAGCAGCUACAGAGCAGAAGCGCCGUGAAGCUUUGGAACGCGAAAAACAGGAACGAAUGCAGAGUGAGCUCAACGCACCAAAAGUAAAGAGCUCAAACCGUCCCGUUUCGGCCGAUGCACUGUCCGAUGAAUAUCUGAUAGAUGAUGUUAAUGAUAAUGAUGAGAAUGCGGAUGAAGAUAGUGAACAGGAGGAUGAGAAUGGUCUAAACGGUGACGGCGAGGAAGAUGGAUCGAACAAUGAGUCGAACGAUGAUUCUGAUAGUAGCGAUGUGGACAGUUUAUCGGAUCUAAAAGCAGCUACACAGCACGAUUCUGAUGAUGAGUCUGAAUCAGAAGAUGAACCAGAAAUGGAAAAGAAAAGCACACCAAUAGCAAAGCCACCGGUACAAGCAACAACAGAGAAAGUAAAAUACAACGGGUCUGUUUCUUUGCCUGUGCUACGAAUCGUAGAUGUGCCGAGAGAAUACGAACAGUUUGCUGAGAUGCUUAGCGAUAAAAAUGUUACUGAUCGAAUAGACCUAAUAGCGAGCAUGAUACACACACUGAAACAGAAGAGUUUCCUGAACAAAUCACGCUGGUCGGUGCUUUUUGCAUACAUAUUAAAUUAUCUAAGCGAUCGUUUCACGCGAACAACUUCAAUUGAGGAAGAGUUUCAUGCGUUGCAUCUUCUUACUCCUCUUCUUCACGAUAUAGCGACAACGGAUCCUUCUGGCAUUGGCAAUGUGUACCUUAGUGUUGUGGAGGAAAAGUACAGUGACUUUAAAAAUCAUCCCCGUCACUAUCCUGAUCUGGCUACUUUGGUAUUGCUCAAACUAGUUCCACUGCUUUUCUCUGCUUCCGAUCGUAGACACUCCAUCGUUACACCCGUGUUGGUAUUUAUUGGAGAAAUUCUUACCCGUUGUCAAGUUCGUAAUCGACGAGAUAUUAGUCGUGGAUUGUUCUUGGUAACAACCGUGCUGGAGUGUGUUGAGCAUUCUAAACGGUUCCUUCCGUCAGCAGUUGCAUUCUUAGUUGGUGUCCUAGAUCAAGCCUGUCCCAAAGGAUCAUUACCUCCAAUCGUAACCCUCACGCAACCGUUUAAGCAAAAAUCUUGUUUGCUACUUGUUGAUCCCGAAAAUGACAUUAGCGAAAGUGAGGUGCUUCAGCUAACCGCACAGGAUCUUCUUUUGACUCAAGUAACCCCAUUGUUCAAAGUGCGUGCUAUCGCUUGCACCGUUUCGUUGGUAAGCGCUCUUUGCCAGCAGCUGGACAGUGUCGCAGCAGUAGCAACCCUUGCCAAACAAUUCCUCCAACCGUUGAACAUUAUACCCAAACAAUCAUACCCAUCUCCGGUGCAGGAAGUGUUUCAACAAAGCAAGGACAAGCUAAACGAGCUCGCGGCACGAUCGCUAGCAUAUUUGGUACAGGCAGAAAAGAAACCGAAACCAUUGCGGCUGCUCGAACCGAAGAUCAAUCCGGUCUACGAAGAUAUCCGGCGACGGCCAAAGGCGGCAAUACCGUUGCGUGAACAGCGUCGAAAGCUUCAGCAGAAAAUAAAGAAGGUUGCACGCGGGGCAAAGCGUGAAAUUCGGCUCGAUAACGAGUAUAUUUCGAAGCUGCAGCACAAACAACGCAUGGAGAGCGAUCGGGAACGCAAACAAAAGGUGCGUCAGAUAUUUAGCUAUGCUUCGUCUCAGCAAGCCGAACUAAAAUCGCUCGAUAGGAGGGCUAAAUAUCGUAAGUAG